AUGGGAGUUGAAUUAUUAAAGAUUGAAACUAAAAUGAAGAAAUUUCCAAUCAAAGUUUGUUUCAGAUCAGUUUGCAGCCAUCCAUUCCUUGUGUGCAUGCUCUGUUUCUUGAUCUUUAUCCACCGAUCGUUCCCUUUCGUGUUUUCGUUGUUCGUAUCCGCCUCCCCUGUUCUAAUAUGCACCGCUAUCUUACUCGGGACCCUCUUAAGUUUCGGGCAGCUUAACGUACAUAAACUCGAAAGAGACGAGACAACAACAGCGGACGAGGUUGUCCCGUUAGAGACGGGGUUGUCGAAAUCGGACACCGUUGUAGUUGAGGAGAAUAAUAACAAUUAUUACGUCGAUAAAACGGAGGAGGAGGAGGAAGAGGAUUCGAGUAAGGGUGGUGUUAAGAGUAAUUCGGACGAUACCCCUCCGUUUGUCGAGGUAACUCCACCGGUGGGCGAACUGGAAGGCGUCGAGAUUUUAACGACGAAAAUUAGUGACGGAAAUCUUGAAACGGACGACGAUGAGAAAUCGGUUGCGGAUUCGUUUGAUUCUGAGAGGGUGAAUGUGGAUUGUCUCGAUUCUCCACCACACGAGGAGGAUGGGGAAGAGGAGGUGGAAGAAGAAGAAGGUGAUGCUUUAGACUCUGGUUCCGAUGGGGCCGAGAGUUCCUCACCCGACGCAUCGAUGGCCGACAUAAUGCCGAUGCUCGAUGAGCUCCAUCCCCUACUAGACGAAGAAGCCGCGCAGAAUGCUCAAAUAUCCUCCCGCGACAACUCCGACGACGCAAUGUCGCAGCAUUCUUCUGAAUCCACCACCACCGCCAGCACCGUCAGCAGUCAUCAAUCGGGCGACGAAACCGAGAAUUGCGACGAUUUCGACGACGACGAAGAAGAAGAGGAGGUAAAAGAAGACAAGGAAGAGGAGACAAAGUCCGCCAUUACGUGGACGGAGGAGGACCAGAAGAAUCUCAUGGAUCUCGGGAGUUCCGAGAUCGAACGGAACCAACGGUUGGAGAAUUUGAUCCUGAGGAGACGGACACGGAAAUUCAAUAGCAUGGUUCCGGAAAUAAACUUGAUCGACUUGGAAAGUUCCGAUCCUCCAUUCAACGUGGGCCCGAUUUCCACAUCGAGGCAAAAUCCGUUCGACUUCCCCCACGAUUCAUACGAUAACUACUCGGGACUACCUCCGAUUCCCGGUUCGGCUCCUUCUAUUCUAUUGCCGAGGCGUAACCCUUUCGAUAUCCCUUUCGACUACAACGCAACAACCGAAGAGAAGACGGGAGACGGAUUUCGAGAGGAACCUUUCUUUAGAAGGCACGAGAGUUUCAACGUGGGGCCUUCGAUUUUCGGACAGCCGCCACCGAACAAGAACGACGCUAAGUUGAUGAGGCCCUAUUUUGUUCCGGAGCGGAUGGUCCCGGAAGAAGAAUCGAGCUAUUCGAGCGAAAAGAGCGACUCCAAGGUGAGUUCCGUUCAUGAGAUGGAAUCGGUUUGCUCGGUUGAGGAUCUCGAGUACCGGAACCUUCUAGAAGAAGAAGAUGCGCCUCACGAACCGGAGCUAAUCUCGGAGAUGGAGCAUGUUUCCGAGCAUAUUGGACAUGGAAGCCAAUCUUCGGAAGAAGAAGAGGAAGAGGACGCGGAAGAAGAUUCUGUGGAGGUGGGCCCGGUCGAAAAGAGAGAUAUUGAAGAUCAUUCCGAAAAAGAAAGUACCGGAAAUCCGUCAGUUGACGAAAUUCCACACAAGGAACCUGUUUACGAUUCUAGCCCAACUUCACGAAAGAAUUUCUCGUCCUCGUCUAGUUCUUCCGACGUGCAUGCAGACUCUGAUUCAAGAUUGCCACAUGUGAAUGUCAAGAGGACAAUAAUCGAGAUCCUACCUAAGCAAAAGACACUUUGUCGAUCGGAUGGAAAGGAAUCUCUAGAGAAUCUGAAUCCCGAUUCUUGUGGAGGUGAUAAGAUAUCGGUAGAGGAAGCUAUUGUGGAUAAACACGAGCACGGUCAAGAUCCUAGUUCCAGUUCCGAUUUCGAUACUCGUGCUCAAUCAGAGAAGGAAAAGUGUUUGUUAAUUCCGAAACUCGAAAAAGAUGAUACGAUCGACAAGGGCAAGAAUGUUGGUUCGCCGAAUUCCGAAGAUGAGUUUCAAGAAGCGAAUGAGAAGUUAAUUACUACACCUUCGGCCGGAGGAAGUACGCCUCUCUUUUACGAUAUCCGAAUGCAUGAUAAUACGGAGUAUGAACAUCUCGAUGAAGUGCAGGUGCCAAAUACACCGGUUGAGUCAUUCGAGAGUGUCCGAAUAAUACCAAAUUUGAAUAUCCAAGAGGUCCACGAGCUCAAUCACGGAAUCUCUAGAAAUGUUAACUCUCCGUUUAGUCUCGAGUUUAUUCCCACGCCGUCAAGUACUACUUCCGAAGAAUCUACUUCACCCGCCGAAAUGGAGACGAUUCUUGAAGACGAUGACGAGAUUAAGGAAAUCGAUGCACCUUUAUCGGAUCUAGAUAGUGUCGGGGAGUUCAGCUCAAACGAGUCCGAAAAGCACAUAGAUUAUGUCGGAGGAGAAGAGUUGUCUUCAUCAACUAGCAAUGAUGUAGCUGCUAACUCCGUCGAGGGUGCCGAUUCUUUUCCUAAGAAAGACGAAUCGGCACCUCUAGAAAGUAACGGUCGUGUUGUAGCGAAAACUACGGUCGAGUGAAAAUCGAGGAAGCAUGUUGUGUUGGAGCCGCCCCCAAGCUGAGGUGGCAAUACACACACGCUAGAUACAAAUGUGGUGAUGGGCCCCACUCGAUAAACGCUGGUUUCUUGAAGUUAGAUCAGUUGAAGACGCUACUUUAGGAUUAUAAUUAAGCGAGCCCCGAUGAAUUGAGAAACAUCCGUGGGGAGUUUUUUUCGUAA